GAUUUAAUCUUUCUCUAAAUCUGAUCCGGAGAAGACACUCCCAAACUGAUAUGAAAAACCGCAGAAAUUAGAUUUUCAAUGAUGCAGUCAAGGAUUCUCUAGCCUAGAGGUUUCCUGAGUCAAGCCGUGAUGUUAGAACGGUUGGCAGCAUGGGUUCUCAAUACCUAUCUGGGAGAGUACGUCGAGAACCUCAACACAGAUCAGCUUUCAAUAGGACUUCUCAGUGGUGCAGUUGAACUGGAAAAUCUUCCAUUGAGGAAAGAUGCCUUGAAAGAAUUGGACCUACCUGUCGAAGUCAAAGCUGGGUUCAUCGGAAAGAUUCGUCUUCAGAUCCCAGUCACGCAUCUAAAGACUGAGCCAUGGGUGAUCUCUAUAGAGAACCUGUACCUGGUAGCUGGUCCUGCUCUGAGGACCAAGUACGAUGAGAAAGAGGAGGCCCCGGAACAGGACAGGAAGCAGCAGCAGCUGGAUGCCAUCGAGGCUCAAUGGAAGAGAAAAAUGGAAGCCUCUGGUCCGAAUGAGGAUACAUCUUGGUAUGCAUACUCUACAAACAUCUUCUACAAUGUCUUGGAGAAUCUACAACUCAAGAUCAAGGAUGUCCAUAUACGAUACGAAGACUCCACCAUCCUGCCCGGCAUGAAUCUAGCCUUCGGGAUCACCAUCAAAAGCAUCUCAGCCGUCAGCACCGAUGACAACUAUUCACCCAGACAGACUGGUGGAGAGAAGGCUACAGGAGGUAUGAAGUUCAAGCUUGUCCGCUUAGAGAACUUUGCCAUCUAUUGGGAUGCAGACUCUGCUCCAGUCUCAGACUUUGAUCUUACAGAUCUCCGGGAUGCUCUGAUGAGCGAAAAGUGCCGUACAACUGAAAACCAGAUCAAGAACCAUGACUACAUGGUGGAACCGGUGAGUGCUGAAGCCAGACUGAAGCGGAACGGUUCGGCCCUCCCCCUGCGAUCUCGCACCACGCCCCGCUACGUCUGCGACCUGACGCUUCAGAAGAUCCCUCUGUCUCUCUCCGAGGAUCAGUACCGAGGUAUCACCGUGCUCAUGAAGGAGUUUGAGCGCAACGGCAAAGCAAGGCAUUACAGGAAGUGGAGGCCGGAAGCCUGGACUGGCGAAAAGGAGAGUAUCAGAAAGUGGUGGCAGUUUGCCAUCAACAGUGUCCUACAUGGCAUCAAGGACCGCAGACGCAGAAGAACACCCAAGUUCAUCUCAGAGCGGAUCAGCCUCAACAAACAAUACACUGCAGUCUAUACUAGAUUCCUAGAGGCGAAGGACGUAGACCCUGCACCACUCAUGAUUGUGAUGAAAGAGUUUGAAAAGGAGCUGUCAUUUGAAGAGAUCAGGAUUCUAAGGAACGUGGUCUUUAACCAGCUGGAGAAGAGAAUACGGGGUGGAGAGGAGAUCUUUAAGAAGCCUGAGGAGGCCCAGCAGGGGGGCAUCAUGCAGCGCUGGGUGUGGGGAUGGAGCGGCUGGUACUCACAGAAGGGGGGUGCUGAAGGUGGCACAGAGAGCAGCGUUGAUGACACGCCCUCUGGGGCCGGUAGCAGACGCUCCCCCUCACCACCACCACUCAUCGAUGUUGAAGAGGAGCAAGAAUUGUUGGAUGUACUUGGUGACCCAUCAGCAGACAACAACCUCCUCCGAAGGGACCACGUCUUCGCGCUCCUCAACUUCAAGCUCCAGGGCGGCUCAAUCAAGCUCUGUACCAACAAUGACCUUGGCAGUACCACACCCACCACCAGAACCCCUUCCGGCCUGAUAACCCCUUCCAAGUCGGCACCCCCUGCCACCUCAAUGCACCCUUCAUCUCAUCUGGAUCCUGGUACCAGCCCGCCGGGAGACCCGGGGGGAAACGAGAACGAGACCAUCAUCGAGCUGGAGUUCGCCAGCGUCAAGAUGAGCUUUGAGUGGAGGCUGCGGACGAGCUCCUUCCUCUUCACUGCAAAGUUGGGGGCGCUGUUCAUCCAUGAUGUCAUGACGAAGGGUUCGCUGUUCCCACACCUGGUAGCUCCACAGCAAAAGAGGGAGGAGCAAACGCUAGGACCAAGACAGUCCCACUCUCUGCUCCUCUCACGCUCCGCAUCUGCCAGCUUCUCCUACAUGUCGCCCAGUUCCUCCGGUACGAACAUCAAGCAGCCUUCAUCAGACCUCCCGCUCUUUGAGAUGUCCUAUGAAUCAAAUCCACCUCAUUCAAAUGCUGAUUCUAGACUUGAAAUCAUCAGCAGACCCCUUGACAUUGUCUACAACCCGACAGCAAUGGACAGAGUCUCCAACUUCUUCAAGGCUGAAGGCAGAGGCAGCAAGGGCCUCAGUUCAAGAGCCUCUGAGCUCCAGCUGACUAAGGCUGCUCGAAUGAGGUACGAGGAGCUGAAGAUUCAGACCAAACAAGAGCUUGCCUCGACCGUGGACUCACUGCUAGAAGGAGAGAAGCAGACUUCUGAAGUUAAGAGAUGGGAUAUUCACUUUGACAUCUCGGCCCCUCUCAUCAUCAUCCCAGACAACUUCCACAACAAGGAUGCCACACUGGUUGUUCUUGACUUGGGUAGACUCCAGCUGUUCAGCAUGACAGCCAAGGGACGUCGCUCUAAGAAGAGCGAGAAUGAAGCAGAGCUCUCAUCGCCAGGAGAUGAAGAUGAUUUAGAUGAUGACUUCCUCACUCCUCUGUCGACUCCACCCCACGAAGCAUUGGACUUUGUGCCGACCGAUGCCAAAAUAGAUUCCAUGACAACGAGCUCUGGGAUUGAUGUAGCUGAUUUUGAUAACAGUGCCAUCACUGCCGAGGCUCUCAGGGAUAGGAUGUACGACAGAUACACACUGGACAUGUCAGAUCUGCAGAUCCUUGUUGCCAAAGGCUCCGAGAACUGGCGCACAGCCCACUCCAGAGGGCUCUGUCCCUUCCAGGUCCUAGAUAAGUUCUCCAUCUCUGUGAAAGUUGAGCGCCGUCUAACCUUCACGCAGGAUCCUCAGUGGCCGAGCAUGUUGAUGUCUGGGAAUCUACCAAGUCUAUCUAUUCAUAUCAAUGAGAAGAAGAUUCAAGCGCUGAAUAAAUGCUUGAAGCUCAUGUCUGGAUCCAACAACCAAUCAGGGGUUUCCCCUGCAGGGUAUUCCCCUCCUUCCGACACCGAGUAUCCAGGGCCUCAGGGUAGAGCACAUUAUACAAGUCAAUCAGAUUUUGAGGCCACCAUACAACAGAAAUCCCAAGCCUUACUUGAGGAAUCCAAGCUCCUGGAGAUGCAGUUUUCUGUCGACAAAAUGUCCCUAGCCAUCCAUAGCAGAGGACGUUGUAUAUCCGAGUUCCAGAUAUCUCGAGUGCGGACAGACCUGGUCAAGCGUCCCUUUGAUUCCUCCAUCUCUCUCAGUGUUCACAGUCUACUUGUUAUUGAUGCCCUUCAGCAGUUUGGACCAGACUUUGAGCUUCUUCUUGCCUCACAUAAGGACCUCAGCAUGCAUGCCCCUAGUGGAAGCAUCGUGGACAGCGAAGCCUCCACUCCUAGGUCCCUCCGAUCACCCACCUCUCCUCGAUCACCUGCCUCCCCCGCAGAGAAGAUGAUGGAACCAACCUCACAUGCUGAACUGGCCUCUGCCAUUAGACAGAUGGGGGCCAAUAGCAAAGGGGGUAACCAAUCAGGCGCGUCAUCCCUUGCCCCGCCUGCUCUCUCGCCCUUUGACCCUGUGGUUAAUGAUAAGGAAGCGCUCAUCCAUGUGGAACUACAGCUCAUCAAUGCUGAACGUCCAUCAAACACCAACAAUGAUGGUCCCGUGCAAGUCGCUGUCAUUCAGGUCAAUAGCUUGGAUGUCAUAGCUAAUCAAGAGACUAUAGUAGAGCUACUGUCCUUCUUCCAGCAAGCCUUCCCAGAAGAUGAGAACAAACCCAAGCAGUCCCCUGAAGAUCCAUCCAGCUUCACCAACUCACUCUUACGGGAAGCAAGCAUCAUAGAGCCUUCCAACAGCCAGACACCAACCCGUACAGAGAUCUCAGCAGACUUCCGCUGCCUUAACAUAGUCAUGGUCAGGGGCAUCAUGGGAACCAAGGUCAGAGGUCAGAAAGUUGCUACAGCCACUGUGAGUGAGGCUCACGUACAUGCAACUCUAGGUGGGGAGAUGAGUGUGGGAGGGUUUCUUGGCGGUCUCCAGCUCUUAGACUUAACGCCAGAGGGCAGCAGACACCAAAAGGUCUUCAGUGUCGGACAAGACCCAACAACAACAGGCCAGAAGACUUCUCUUGAAAGGGAUUCAGUAAUGAAACAAAGUGACCAGACGGACCUGUACAAAUCUGCCAUGGAUACCUCGAGAUUUAGCACGAUCAAAGACACGGAAGACAAGGAAGUCAAGGAAGACAAGAAAGGCAAGGAAGUGCUGAGAGCCUUCUCCUUUACUUUCAAGAAAGGAAGAGACGUUGAGAACACAACAGCUAUGUCUCUGGGAUCACCUAUCAAGAUACAAGUUGGUGGAGAGGAUAUUGAUGAGCAGUUGAACCUGUCGCUUCAUCUUGCAUCCCUCUGCUACAUCCAUGUCCCUCGGUUUCUCCAUGAAGUCACCCUCUGCAUGGACGAGUUUCAGAGCUCAAUCGCCAACCUUGCAAACUCCAUUCAGAAGGCAGCCGGCGAUGCAGCCAGGGAAUUGAUACAGUCGCAGAUGCCUGACCUUGUCACGUCCUUCUCCCCAAGUAUGUUCAACACCAUGAUGGAGUCUCCUGGGAAGAGAGGAAACACCUUUGGAGAUUCAUCCAUGGACAUGACUGACUCACGUAUCGGUGCUAAGUCACACACCAGUAUGAACUUCGAUAUCGUCAUGGAGACGCCUGUAAUCAUCAUCCCAAGGACAGCAUCCAGCUCAGAGCUCUUGGUCGCCCAUCUAGGAAAGAUCAGCUUGACCAACAGCGAGUCUUCGGACAUCAGUCGGGACAUGGACAUCGAGAGCACCUUGGGACUCGACCCUAAUCCGGAUAUGACCCGCUUCUUCUUGAGGAUUCAGAACGUGAACCUGUUCUCCUUCAACCACGAAGACACAAACGUGCCAUCGGAGCAGAGCGUAACCAGCAUCAGUUCGGACAUCAUGAGCGCUGCCUCCGGACCUUAUUCAGGGACACCUAUCCUUCACAACACUUCUCUGGAGGUCAUCGUGAAUCAGAUCCCAUCGGAAUCUGGUCCACCGGUCAUGGAUAACAGCAUGGCAUUCCCUGACCUUGAGGAGAAAGAACCUCUCGACCUUGACCACCACUCCUCCACCUUGCAAGUUGUAGGUAAGGUGGUCACCCACCUGAAGGUCAUUCUGUCCAAGCAUAUCUAUGAACAGAUCUUGCAGACACUGGAUAACCUGACAUAUGACGAACCAACAAAGGUACCCUCCACUCCUGUUAGCCUAGAGAAAACCAAAGGCAGAAAGUCAGGAAUCUUCAAUGUCAAGGAACUAGAGCCGUUGGGGACACAAUCAAAGACACCGGGGUAUCAUAGAGUCACAGAAAGUACACCCAUCCGACCUGCUGGAAGUAAGCUCCCAAUGAGGAUAUGUGCAAAUUUUGCCAUGCCAGACCUCUGUAUUCAAAUGCGGGGUGACCUCAGCGAUGGCGAUCAAGGCAUUGUCAAUGUGUGCUUCUCGGACUUCAGCAUCGAUUACGAGAAGUCCACUCCAGCUGCGACAUCGGUCACCAUCCUCCUGCAGUCUCUGGUGAUUGAGGACCUCCUUCAGAGUCCUGACUCCAAGCAUCGCCAACUCGUAGCAUCUCAUGGUGGCACCAGACGCUCUGGCAGUGGCCCGUCAUCCAAGAUGGUCCAUUCCACGUCGUGUCCAUCGGUGACGGCCAUGCCGGCGAUGUCGCCCAUCAGACCCAGCUCAGUGCCUUCGGAACUAAACAACCCUGAUCAGUAUUAUGCUCCUCAGUACAGUAGACAAACGAGCAGUAGCAGCCGGGGUAUGUACCCUUCCACACCACCUCCUUCUCUGAACAUCUCCUUGGAGGACAUUAACAUAUCAACGGAUACAGUCCCUACCAGUGAUGCCCUGGUACAGAUCAGAGUUCUCUUGGUGGACAAGAAGAGUCCUGAGUACGCUACCAAGUACAAGAAGACCAACCAGUUUGUUGAUGUUGAGUUCAACCAGCUGGACAUCACCAUCAACCAGCAGACUUGGGUGGUUCUCCUGGACUUCCUGGGUAUAGGGAGCUCACUACCUAAGGACAACGUCAAACAGGACACUCCAACCAGAACCAGUGCUCCGCAGAGACAGACAUCUGACGUACAACCACUGCCAACUCAACAAACAAAUCAAUCACAAGCGGGGCUCAUACAACCAAUGCCAACUCAACAAACAAGUGUAGGUGAACCAGAAGGUAACAACAUGGAGAUGCAGGUGCACCUGGCAUCCCUCUCUCUCAUCCUCAACAAACCUGACUACGAGCUCGCCAAGGCCAGCGUGUCAGAGGUCAAUGCUCACAUGACCAACAUGGAGGGCAACCUAGAGGUCAAAGGUCACAUGGGAAGCAUGUCGGUGCUGGACUUGACCCCGCAUGGAAGGCUCUACAGGGAGAGGUUCACAACGAAAGGAGAAGAGGCUCUCAGCUUCCAUAUUUUCAAGUAUGGAAAGCCUAGGAAGGAGCCUCAAAGGGAGUUUGAGAGGGAUUUUGACAUGAGUGUGAAACUGAGGAUGUCAACAGUCCGCUACGUUCACACGAACCGUUUCCAGUCAGAAGUCGUGGCCUUUGCGCAGCAUUUCAACCAACUCCAGGAAGUCCUUGGCACAAUGAGGGCUGCAGCUGCAGGGCAUGAGGUAUCUGUUGAACCAACUCGUACAUCUCGCAUCAUGCUUGAUGUCCAGGCUGGCUCUCCUGUCAUACUAGCACCCGUGAGCUCCCAGUCCAAGGACCUACUGGUCAUCAACCUUGGCAACCUGACCCUACGCAACCAGUUCCUGAUGUCUGGGACACCCGGAACCAUUAUCCACAAGACCAGUCCUCCUAAACCUCACCCUGAGGACCCUAAGCCCUCGGAAGAAUCCUCCAAACCUGCCAGAGAAACACCCAGGAAGGUGGCCACAGCUCAUGGUCUAAAUUUAGAAGACAGUCCUGGACUUGGUCUAGGAACUGCCCCUGGUGUCUUGACACGAGCCAGCACAAGGACUGCUGUAAUAUCUAAGUCCAGCCAUGGACCGCAGUAUUCAUCAACGCCAAAGCAUUCUCCAAGAGUUGCUGAUGAAGCGAGUGAAGCGGAAGUGGAGGUCAGCAAGAAGGAGGAGAAUUUGAGUUGUCUUCUAGACUGUAUUCAGAUUGAUCUUGAAGACAUGGAUCUUUACCCUGCAGAGCGAGUUUCUCCGACAGACUUUGAUGUGUCAGAUGGAACAGCUUUGAUCUUUCCGUCUUUCAUUGUCCAAAGAAAGGGUGGCAAACUGUUGAAGCAGACAUGCCUUCUGAAACUGCAGGUGGACCGUAAUCUGGACAUUGACAUCAGAAGGACAGUUCCAGACAUGGAAAUAGAUGGUCUGCUCUCAUCGGUCCACUGCUGCCUGGACCUCUCCCAGUACCAGCUCAUCCGUGGGUUCCUGGACCACAAUCUGGGCGAGCCUCUGGAGGAGUUCCAAACACUGCCCCGCCCUUCCAACCCCGAGUCCCAGACGGUCCUCAGCGGGCAGACCUGCACCAACAUCUCCAUGCAUAUCAACCUUGUCAACGUGACCCUUGAACUCCUCCUCCAGCAUGCAUCUGACCCUGUCGUUGGUGUCCAUGGUAACGAGUCUGAGGAGGCGGUGCCCGAGAGGUCGUUGGGUCAGUUCAACUUCAUGGAGUCCAAGUUCUCGUUCAUGAGCCAGUCGAACGGAGCCAAGACGGUGGACUUGGUGUCACAUGCCAUCAGAGCGUAUGAUACCAGAUGGAAAGGCGAUACUAGUAAGAAGAGAAGCAACGUCUUUGAGGAGAUCCUGACCCCUACCAGACAUCACAGUCGCAAUCCGAACCCUCUACAGCUGGAGCUGCACUUCACAUCCCAGGCCGAUAGCACCAGAGCAACGGCCCUGCUCAACAACAUGAGGGUCAUAUGUGUCUUUGACCUUCUCCUAGCAGUCAAGGAUUUCUUACUGGCCUAUGAUUCACAGGCAGUUCAAGGAUCAGAAGGAGCAAGUGCCAGGGCAUCGUCAGAAGCCUCAACGUCCCUGGACCCUUCUACAGAGUCCUCUAACGUAACAACGGUAGAUAAGAGAUCCAGGUCACCGGUCAGCAUUGGAACAGGCAUACUCACCAAGAGGGUACCACACAGAGAACAGGUUGAGAAGAACUCAGACUUCAAGGUGAAUGUGACUGAGACAGAGUUUGUGAUCUUAGGGGACACAUCAUCUAGUGACUCUAAUGCUGUCAUCUUAAAGUCUACCUGUGCCGUGCUGACCUACAAGCCCGUCUCGAAGGAGAACCCUUUCUCGUGCGGUCUAGAAGGGUUGGAGGUAUUCUCCUGCUGCAUGAGUAGUGAAGAGGACACCGCACUCUCCAUCGUGGACCCUAGCACCAUCAACGUGGAGCUGAAGGGAACAUCGUCUCACCUUCACAGCGGGCAGCAGCUCGGCGGACUACUAGAUAUCAUGGAUGCCCAUGCUAUACUGGAGGUUCACAUCCAGGCGCUGAACAUCCGCGUAUCCUACCAUGAUGCUCAGCUCUUCCUCAGCAUCAUGAACUCACUGCCAUCACAGAUGAUCAAGAAACAGCACUCUGAGGACGAGGAGGAAGAGGUGGAGGCGGUGGAUAAUAUGAGGAACGAGGCGGAGGAGAAGACGCAAUCCAAGUCCAAGAUUAAGAGACAAAUCGCCAAGUUGAAGGAGUUAGGGUUCCAUACUCAAGACUGUCGCAAGGCCUUGGAGAGGAGUAACUACAGACUGGACCUAGCUGCAGGAUGGCUCCUAGAGAAUGCCCAGCCUGUUCCUGCUUCGAGCCCGGCUCAUAGCCCUAGGGAACCGGACAGGGAGGAUGGGGGCAGCGGCAAGAUGGAGAUUGCAGGAAUCGAGGUGCGAGCUGGCUCCCUUGCCAUCACCCUCAUCGAUGACUGCGGUAACAUCGACAUCCCUCUGAUAGAGAUCUCCUGCCAGAACCUCAACUUCUUUCAGAAGCUUCUCCCUAGCGCCCAAGGUCAAGCUGCUUGUGUUCUCUCUGCUGACUACUAUCAUAGGAGUCUCUCGGGCUGGGAGCCUUGCUUAGAACCAUGGAAGUGCAAUGUGGAAUGGAUCCAGCAAGCCGCAAGCCAGAUGUAUGGGGAAAGACUCUUCAUUCAAAUGAAAGUGAAUGACAGGUUGGAUCUGAACGUGACUAGCGCCCUCAUCGAUCUAUACAGCAAUACAAAGAAGAGCUGGACAGAAGAUUACUAUAGCAAGGGAGGGAGGGCCUCUGGGAGUGGUAGGACGAGAUCACCAUUUGUGCCCUUUGCGAUCAAGAACCAGUCGGGUUGCAGGCUUUCAUUUGCAACCCUCACAACCACCCCCAACAAGGUUGUAUCGUCACCUGAAGAGAAGAUGAAUACAGAGAGAACCUUCAGUGCAUGGAAGGAGGAUUGGGAAUGCAUGUAUCUAAUUAUAAAUCCUGUUUCUAUUACAGGGUUGUAUCCUCACCUGAAGAGAAGAUGGGUUGUAUCGUCACCUGAAGAGAAGAUGAAUACAGAGAGGACCUUCAGUGCAGGGAAGGAGGAUUGGGAAUGCAUGGUUGUAUCCUCACCUGAAGAGAAGAUGAAUACAGAGAGGACCUUCAGUGCAUGGAAGGAGGAUUGGGAAUGCAUAGAAGAUGAAUACAGAGAGAACCUUCAGUGCUUGGAAGGAGGAUUGGGAAUGCAUGUUUCUAAAUAUAAAUCCUGUUUCUAUUACAGGGUUGUAUCCUCACCUGAAGAGAAGAUGAAUACAGAGAGGACCUUCAGUGCAUGGAAGGAGGUUGAGUCUGGACAAGAGAUACCAUUCAUGUUUGAAGAGAAGGGCAAGGCAAGGCACAGGAACACCCAUGAGUUGAGGGUUCAUCAGCUGGUUGUGAAGGUUGAUGGCUGGGAGCAGCUCACACCGGUGUCUGUUGACAAGGUCGGGGUCUUCUUCAGACUGGCCAAACCGCAUCAUAAUCAACUCUCUAGCAUCUUCACAGACCAGCAACCAGCCAGGGUUGUGUUUCAUGUGAGCCUAGAGGGCGGUGCUCGUAAGCUGAUCACGGUCCGAUCAGCGCUGAUGGUUGUGAGUCGUCUGAGUGUACCCAUUGAACUCAAACUGGUCAAUCCCCAGUCUCCGACCGACAAUCCCCAGGUCCUGGAACCACUGGAACCCAACCAGAAGGUAGCUAUCCCACUGCCCUGUGUAUCCUGGGACAUCUACCUCAGACCCAAGGGAUGGGCCGUCUCUUACUGCGACAAGCCGUUGCUAUGGAGACAGGCCCAGUGCCCGGGCGACUCCAAGAGCUUCCCUAUGGAGUGCAGGACGGACAGUGGAGAUUCCGGUAUCUUCAGGUUCUGUUUGUUCGUGAAGCACGAAGCUUUCCCAUUCAAGGGCUCCCUCGGCAGGCGGUCUCAAGCCAAGAAGACGGAGACGCUGGCCGCUCAGCCCGGUCACACCUUGACCAUCCUGCCUCCCAUGGUACUCACCAAUCUCUUACCCAUGGAACUCAACUUCCUGGUGGUCAAAUCCAAAGUCCAAGGCUGCAUCAGACCAGGAAUGGAUGAACCUAUCUACACGGCUGACCUUGACCAUUCACAAGACAUUAAGUUCUUCACCGAGUCUUUCAGGGAAUGCACUCAUCCUCUCACCAUCCCAGCCAAACACAACUGUGAUGGGUGUGCCUACAUUGAGCUCCGAGACACACAUCCUAAGAGGAGGAGCUUACAGCUUGCCGUUAGGGUAGAGUGUGUUGCUGGUAGAGCCCUCAAGGUGUCUGUCUCAGCGCCCUACUGGUUGAUCAACAAGUCUGGGUUGCCUCUGGUGUUCCGUGAGGAGGGAGCUGAUUUUGAUGCUGCCGGUCAGUAUGAUGAGCAUGAGAGAGCUAGGAGUGUAGCUCCUCUCAUGCUGUCAUACAGGGAGCCGGGCAAAGCAGAUAACAUGUGUGUGAUGCGUCUUGGACAGAGUAUCAUCGGGCUAGAAGGCAGACCUAACUGGUGCCAUCGUAUGUCACUAGAGGGCGGUACAGGAGUACGAUCCCUCAGGAUCCAUCAAGACGGAGGCAGACCUCACAUAGUCUACAACAUCGGUAUUGAUGUUCGGCCAGGUAGGGGGCGCUAUCAUGAAACCAAGAUUGUGACCUUCGUACCUCGCUUCCAGCUGGAGAACCGCUCCUCUCAUCACCUUGCCUUUGCUCAGCGACAUCUCACUACAGGCAUUGGACCCAAGAAUCCCAGGAAUCAUCUUGCCAUUACAUCUGGGUCAAAGGUCAUAUUUCACUGGCCGCGUGAUGACCUUGACAGACUGCUGUGUGUUCGUAUGCAUGACCUUGAGGGUUGUCGAUGGUCCGGUGGAAUACGCAUAGACCAGCCAGGAUCUCUCAACAUUAACAUGAGGAGUAACAACAACCAGACAAACAUUGUCCAUGUCGAGGUACGCCUUAGAGGAGCUACAUUCUAUGUGAUCUUCACUGAUACAACAGAUCUACCUCCGCCUUACAGGAUAGACAACAUGUCAGAGGUUGAUAUCAUCUACUACCAGCGAGGAGUGACAGACCCAACACUAAGGACAAUGCUAAGACCAAAGAUGUCAGUUCCGUAUGCAUGGGAUGAGCCGAUUCUCCCCCCUCUCAUGGUGUGUGAAGUGAAAGGAGGCUCUAGCAGUGUCUAUAACUUAGACAAGCUUGAAGAUGGUAACCAUCUCUACUAUGAGAACUUCAUCUACAUUGCGAUGGACUCCACAUUCAAAGGAGCUUCAAGUCUACAGUCAUUUGGAGAGUCAUCAUCUAACAAGAACUUCUGGUCCUCGGCUCAGCUUGUCUUGGAUGUCCCUCAUGCCGAUUCACCAGUCGUCCUACGCAAGAAGGAGCCUGGGAAGAGGAGUCAGCUAUGGCGCAUGACGUCGACCGGUCUGCUUCAGAACGAAGCGUUUGCUGCCCCCAGGGAUCCCGGUCAGAGGAGGAGCAGUCUGACUAAGAAUGGUCUGGUCCUGGACAUCAGCAACGGUCAGUUCACGUCCAGAGAUGAGAUGAUCUUGAAGCUAAGAAGACCGGAUGAGGCGAGACAGAACACACAGACGUGGUACUUUGGCAAGGAUGGGCGACUGAGGUGUCAAGACAGUAAUUAUGUCGUUCAGCCAAAGUUUGGUCUACUCAGCCUCAAGGAAGGGAGUGAGCUAAUCCUGAUAGCCGGUGGCAGACUGGAUGUUUCGCAGGAUGAGAUACCUCUAGAGCAGGUCAUCACCAGACAGAAGAACCUUCCAGGAUCAGGCAACCUCGCUGUCCAGGUCGUAGCGGAUGGACCAACAAGAGUCCUCUACAUCAGUGACAACAUUCAGCAGUCUGCACCCCAGAAACCAGCCAGCGUCAUCCCAGGCUCUUCCGUAGAUGAGUUUGAGAUGGUAGAAGUCAAAGCUCGGAUGUCAAAGGUCACAGCAGAGAGCCAGAAUCAACAGGGCGGCACUUCCAAGAAGGGCAAAGAGCUAGAGAUUGCCCUAUGGUUGAAGGAAGGGGUUGGUCUGUCUCUAGUGAACAGAGCUCCUGAGGAGUUGGCUUAUAUUACCCUGACUGGCAUUGAUGUCCAUUACAUACAGACGAGCAAGGAGGUCGAUCUCAAUGCCAGCGUCUGUAAAAUUCAGAUUGACAACCAGCUUGCUCAAGCUCAGAAACCAGUCAUGUUAUUUGCCUCAGACAAAGAAGGUCGGCCAGCUCUCAGCCUAGUAGCUACCAAGCAGCUAGGGGGUUCCCCAACAGUGGAAAUCUACAAGAGAUUGGUCCUGACAGUGAGUAAGAUGACACUGAAUGUAGAAGAACUUCUGCUUCUCAAGCUGCUUCAAAUGAGUGGAUUCUCUCAACCAGAUAUCACCACGGAAACGACGGAUGAGACGCACUAUGAUACCAUCAGUCCCAGAGACAACAACCAGCCUACGAAGCGGUUCUUCUUUGAGACCCUGAAGAUCCAUGCCAAGGACUUCCGUCUUAGCAUGUACACCUCUACCAAGAUCCCCAAGGACCUCAAUCAGCUCAAGACAAGCAUGAGGCUCUUCUUGAUCCAGUUUGAAGAAGCUCCCGUCUCCUUGGAUCCCUUCACAAGGCAACAUCCCUUCGAGACGCAGGAGUUUCUCUUGGAAUCAGUUGCCAAACACUACACAGAGGAGCUAAAGAGUCAAGCAGUGAAGAUCCUAGGUUCUGUGGACUUCUUGGGUAACCCCAUCGGUCUGCUCCAGGACUUUAAGGAUGGUCUGAAGGAACUGGUCUUAGAAGGGAGUGUGACGGGUCUAGUCAAGAACGUGACCCAUGGCAUGUCAAACACAGCUGCAAAGGUGACGGGAACCAUCUCUGACGGGAUCGGGACGGCAACCUUUGACAACCGUCAUCAGGAGAUGAGAAGCGUGAUCCGAGAGACGCACGGUGGAACCAGCUCCGGUCAUCUGUCUGCAGGGGUCAAGGGGUUUGCGUUUGGAGUGGUCGGUGGCUUGACCAGUAUGUUCACUCAGACCUACAAAGGAGCUUCAGAGGAUGGGGUUGAGGGACUUAUGAAGGGGAUAGGGCGUGGCAUCAUGGGUACCGUCACCAAGCCUGCUGCCGGUCUGUUUGACCUCGCCUCGGGUACCAUGAAUGCCAUCCGUAGCUCCACCACCAGUGAGAGCCACCUAAUGCCCCCUAGGGUCAGACCACCACGGUGCUGUAGGAGUCCCUCAGGGGUGCUUGCUAGGUACUCAUUACACGACUCCAGGGGCAUGGAGUUUGUUAGUGUGCUCUGUGAAGGCACUAGUGGAGAAAGAUACUUCAUGAUGGACGAGUUACGGAACCAUCCAUUAGACGGCAUGCAGGUCCUGAUCACCAGUGAAUGCACCUACUUCUUGUCCCUCACAAACCUUCAGGAACCUGUUCUUAGUGUGUUCCAUUCUGAGCUCUUCCAUGCUAAACAUAUACUACAAGCUGGGAAGCAUUACAUAGAGCUGACCAAGGUGGCUAACACAGAGGCUGGUGUAUCAGCGCCUAGUCUGGAUCUCAAAGAAAGACCCAAGGUUGGGUGUGAUAACGAACGCAUCGCCAAGAAGGUAAGGCCUGUCCUAUCCCUUAUUUUAGGCUCACUCAUAGGUUUCAUAGCAGUUUUUGUUUCCCAGCAGAUCAACUAUGCUAAGAGUUGUUAUGAGGAACUCAAGCAACAAGUCAUUAUUAAGAGUGACGAUGCUUUCCUCAAACUUCAUCUACCCUCACACAUUGAUGACUAGGUUUAAAUCUCUUCAAAUGCCCUGUGCAAUUUAUCAUUCAUGGAGAUGUGAGUUGGUCUAGCGAUAAUAUCA